GAUCAGGGUGGGGUGUUGCGCAUGCACGGUGACUUUGGCCGUGUAAAUCUCCAUCAGUGUCUGUCUGGAGCGUCCUGCCGGAACCAGAGAGAAGAGCCCGUCACGUGAAACACAGGGGAAAUUUCAUCCUCCACCUCUAGAAUCUCUGCAGGAUUGUCUGGAAACCUUCCUCCAUCGCGUCCGGGUUGUUUUGUGCCGACGGCGGCGGGUGUCAUUGAGCUGCGGGGCGUCGCUUCUCCAAACGCGCAUCGGGAACCAUUACGCGUGCGGAUCUCCAGCCAUCAGCGCCGAGAUGUCCGGAUACCAGGGCAAGAAGAACAUCCCUCGCAUCACUAGUGACCGACUUCUAAUUAAAGGAGCAAAGAUAGUGAAUGAUGAUCAGUCUUUCCAUGCCGAUAUCUAUAUGGAGGAUGGAGUCAUCAAGCAAAUCGGUGAAAACCUCAUAGUUCCUGGUGGCGUGAAGACCAUCGACGCCCACAGCAGGAUGCUGAUACCCGGUGGCAUCGACAUUCACACCCGCUUCCAGAUGCCCGACCGGGGAAUGAUAGCAGCUGAUGACUUCUACCAGGGCACACGAGCUGCUCUCGCUGGCGGCACCACUAUGAUCAGUAUGUCUAAAUUCAAUUUUCUGUGCAACGACAUCACAGAGUGGCACAAGGGCAUGCAGGAGGAGCUCGAGGCGCUGGUCAAAGAUCACGGCGUCAAUUCUUUCCUGGUAUACUUGGCCUACAAGGACAUUUUCCAGCUAAAUGACUCCCAGAUGUAUGAGGUGUUCAGUGUGAUCAGGGACUUGGGAGCCAUCGCCCAGGUGCACGCAGAGAACGGAGACAUCAUUGCUGAGGAGCAGAAGAGGAUUCUGGGAUUGGGUAUCACUGGUCCAGAGGGACACGUUCUGAGCCGUCCAGAGGAGGUGGAGGCUGAGGCCGUCAACCGCGCUGUGACCAUCGCCAAUCAGACCAACUGCCCGCUCUACAUCACCAAAGUGAUGAGCAAGAGCGCUGCUGAAGUCAUCGCACAGGCCAGGAAAAAAGGUACCGUGGUGUACGGGGAACCUAUCACAGCCAGUCUGGGGACAGAUGGCACUCACUACUGGAGCAAGAACUGGGCCAAAGCUGCAGCCUACAUCACAUCUCCACCCCUCAGCCCUGACCCCACCACCCCAGACUAUCUCAACUCCCUGCUGGCCUGUGGUGAUCUGCAGGUGACUGGCAGUGCUCACUGCACCUUCAACACUUCACAGAGGGCCGUGGGCAAGGAUAAUUUCACCUUCAUCCCGGAGGGAACUAACGGUACUGAGGAGAGAAUGUCCAUCAUCUGGGACAAGUGUGUGGUGACAGGUAAGAUGGAUGAAAACCAGUUUGUGGCCGUGACGAGCACCAACGCUGCCAAGAUCUUUAACCUGUACCCACGGAAGGGUCGCAUCGCUGUGGGCUCUGAUGCCGAUCUGGUGCUCUGGGACCCCGACACCACCAAAAUCAUCUCUGCUAAGAGCCACCACCUGGCGGUGGAGUACAACAUCUUUGAGGGGAUUGAGGUGCGUGGAGCUCCUCUGGUGGUGAUCAGCCAGGGCAAGAUCGUCCUGGAGGACGGGAACCUCCACACCACUGAGGGUUCUGGACGCUACAUCACCCGUAAACCCUUCCCAGACUACGUCUACAAGAGGAUAAAGGCCCGCAGCAGGCUUGCUGAGCUGCGUGGAGUCCCCCGAGGUCUGUAUGACGGCCCGGUGUGUGAGGCCACUGUGACACCAAAGGUCAUGACCCCUGUCACCUCCAGUAAGACUUCUCCGGUCAAACACACUCCUCAACCAGUUCGCAACCUGCAUCAGUCUGGAUUCAGUCUAUCUGGGGCUCAAAUUGACGACAACAUUCCUCGUCGUACCACUCAGCGCAUUGUGGCGCCCCCAGGUGGCAGGGCCAACAUUACCAACCUGGGAUAAAAUCAUUUACUCAUUACGGAGAAAAAAGGAGGGGGUGGGAUGGGGGUUAAAGAAACUUGGGCUUUUCCUCCGGGAUCGGUCCAGACGUCUGGACUGCAUCCCAACAAGCACACCUCUACUUCCGCCGACACUUCUGUCCAUUCAUCCACCCCUAACACCCAUCCUUUUAACUCUAGCGUCCUGUUUUUGAGUGCAUCUUUCUUAGAUUAAUACGUUUCAGGAUGACUUGGCAUUGGUACUGGAAUGCCGGAUAUGUUGCGUUAUUUCACCUGACUACGUUCAGAACAGCAUACUAAUAAUUCUUCAGUAUGUAUACUGUGCAUAGUGUGGGGUCUCUGUUUGCAUGGAAUGACCUGCUACAUGCAAAAUGUGCAUUAUGCAACAGAGCAUACUGUACUGUGUACUGUAUCCCAUAAUACAAUGCAACCUUUCAUUUCUCAUGUGACGAAUGAACUGGAAAUAAUGUCAUCUUUUUCUUAUUUGUUAUUUGGUCAGACUGUCUAAAUUAGGAUUUAUUUUAACAUGCAAUUGGAUUAAAAUGCAAAAUAACUGUAUUUAUUAACGCCUUGAUAAAUGUGAUAUAAACUUUGAAAAACAAACACUGUUGUUUUUGGCCAAGUGGUCCUGAAACUUAUCUGGCUAACCAAGUAAUCUAUGUUCAAAGAACAGGAACUACCCAGCUAACAAAUAUAUGUUCUAAGAACGUUUUGUGAAUGUUUGUAUUAAGUUAUUGUUCUCUGAACAUUCAAAAUGGCCAGUUAAAAAAAAAAAGAAAACAAACAUCAUGGGAAUGUUACUGUUGAAUGUUCUCUGAGCCUUCUUAAACUAGCAAGUAGUAACGGUUAAAAACAUUUAGACAAAUGUGGAACUAAAAGAUUUCAGAAAAACGUUCCAUGAGUGAUGUAUCAAUAACGUUUUUGUGUUAAGGAUUAAGAACAUUAUUAAAGAUAGCCAUAUAGCUUUGAAUGAACAUGCUAUCAGCGUAACUGGAAGAAUGUUUGUUCAUAACUUCGAGAGAACCUUGCCAGAACGUUCUGAUAACGUUUUGUUAGCGAGGUAGUACUAUCCGUCAUUUGCCUCCGUACUUUAAUGUUUUUAUUUGUUUUGCAUUCUGGAAAUGAACAGCACAAAACUCCCGCCUGUAUGGUUUAGUGUUAAACGUGCUGUCGCCAUGUUGAUUUGUUGUUUUUCCUUGUAGGAAGAGUCGAUGAGUUAUUUAUUGUUCAGGAUUCAAACCACAUUUGCAUUUUGCAAAAGUGUCAACUCUUCCACAAAUGCCUGAUUUAUUACAAGUUUUUAAAAUGUUGUUUUAUAAUGAACUUAAUAGUUGGAUUAUUUUUUUCUAUGCAUGUUAUGAUUUCGGUUUCAGGUCAGUGUUUCAACGCUUCCUGAAGUCCCUCACGUUUGUCUUCCUCACGUUUUUGCACUUCAUUAUUUUCUCUCAGUAUUAUUUAACUGCCGUUUUGGAGAUGUUUAGAGCAAAGAAAAAAAAUGUAACAGUGGUGUUUUUGGCUGUGGUGCGCAGUCCUGUGGGGUUUUGGUGUGAUUUGAAUUCACUCAUUUUUCGCUAUAAAUGUCAAACUGUCCAUUCCUACGUUGUCCCAUAGUUUUCACGAAGGGGGUCUCACCAGAAACAAUACAAUACAGUUGAGAAAAUAAAGGAAAACUCUCUGGGUGAACAGCAGAUCGAGGGGGAGGUGCUCUUUUCACCCUUUCAUUUCGGUUUAGGAGGAAGGCGGUUACUAUAGCAACGGUCCAGCUCACUCAGAGUGGAUGCUGAUUAGUUACACCAGCUGUGCCGUGCUGGAGCGUUGCCCCGGUAACCUCUUCACACCGGGGGUUUAUUCGUGCGGUGGAUCUCGGCACUGUGACGUCACAGCUGCUCCACGGGCCGUCCCGCAACAGAACCGACCUUUACCGUGAGGACAUUUUGAAGGAUGCAGUGACUCAGUCUGUCAAACGGAUUGUCUGGCAUGUGUAAGGUUGAUCAGUGUUAUUCUAAAUUAAACGUUAGGUCACAAUGCUGUUCUUUCGUUGUAGUUCUGCUUUGUUUUUAUAAAUUGACUUGCCUGCCUAUUCACGAAGAGAUACAGUUCUUGGUUAAUGUCUGUGAGUGUUGUUAUGACAAGCUGAACAUUUCUCAUGGAAGAUGUGUACACAAUUCAUCAUUCUUCAU